GCGUAGCGAAGCCCACACAGUUGGUUACGGCCAAUGCAUUUAUUUUCUGCAAUUGACGACGUGUGCAACAAUAUUCUUAUUGAAAAAUAACUUGGUGGCAUCGUCAUAUUAAAGCUCGUUUUAUUGAUAUUAAAUCUUCUCGAAACGUGACGUCUGCCAUAAGAAAAAUGUGCCAGGGCAGCUACACCAAUGGUUCAAUUUGUGAUCACUUACAGUGUCCCAGUGCCCUUGAAGCUGCACAGUUGACCAGUUCAAGCGCGACCAGCGUAUUGCUGCUGUUAACAAUUAACUUGCUGUUAAUUUGUUGGGUGUGAAAUACGGGGAAUACAUCAGUACAGUGCUCACGUGCAGCGGUACCAGCCCUUUAAGGCGGAUCAGCGCCGAAAUCUCGGACGCAAAUGUAACAUCUGAUUGGCAUAAAGUGCACCAACUGGUGCAAGUAUCGGAUCAUAUGUGAGCGGCGGUUGACAAAAUUUCGAUUAUUUAGGACUGAACUCUACAGGGCUACACAACUCUACGUUUUAUUAAACUUUAGUUUAAAUUAACAUAGAAUGAAUUUGUGAGGAAUUAAUAUUUAAUUUUAUAAUGCAUUAACUAAACUUGGUAUGGUAUGUAUAUGUGAUAUCAGCUGUUAUAUUGUCUAAUCCGUUUUGAAGUUCAAACAGCAACGUCAUCCGUCUUCAGGCCUGUCGACUAAAAUGGACUACUAAUACAACUGUUUUGGUGCUGUAAGUACGGCGUAACCGCACCCAGAGAUUGUAAGUUAUAAAGAAAAUAACUAACUAAUGAUGACCAUAUAAUAGAUGUGGCAUACAAAGACAUAUGUAAGUACCUGCCUGAUUUAGUUAACUCAAAUUACAUACAUAUAUAUAUAUAUAGCCAAGGGCCAUUGUAGCAUAAGUUUAUUAUUAAAUAUUAUUAUAUCCAAAUUGAAGAAAAAGAAAUUGAAUGAAUUAUUAGUCAUUAACUAACCCUCCCAAAGGUCGGCAAAAUUCUUCAACUGAACCCUCCACGAGGGUGCCGACUGAACUGUCUCUAUAGUCUUGUCCAUGGGAAAGGAUGGAGUCAUGGUUCGAGGUAAUGGGCCGGACUUAGGUAUAAUGCGACCCGUGCUGAUAGUCAGCAAGGCUGGGGGCCCUAAAAAUAGCCCAGUCUUUUACAGAGCAUAUCGGAUACCUCCGGUAUUAAUCAGCCUUACCUGCACAUCGUGGAUCUCUGUGUAGGCGGACAUUCCUUUCUCCGCAGCUCGUGGGAAUCAAAAAUGCAUUCCAAUUCAAUUAAAAAAAUUCAAAAGAGUCCGGUACUCUUACAAAACCGGCAGGGAGCAAUCCCAGACAUGUAGCGGAGGCAGUGGCUCGUAAGCCUGGCCAAACCGGUAACACGACAAAAGUGGCGGAAAAGCCUGUUUGUCAAGUCAGUGGUGAGGGUGCAGUUGGUAAGAACCCCGACCCAUCCGACUCUGUGGUAGGUAGGCAAAGCACUUGUGCAGCCAACCUGCCAGCCGGAGCGGAUGCAAAGGGCGAAAAACCAACUACCAGCGCUGCGGCUAAGAGGCUGCCGACCGAUGAAAUGCCGCAAGCAUUCUAAAGCGGCAGAAUGCAAGCACAGUGUACAACCCACCAGCCGAAUGGCAAAAUAAGGUCGUGUGGGCCAGGAAGGUGCUGCCAAACUUCUGUUAAGCUCCACCCAACAAAGAGCAGAGCCAGGCAAAAAGGCAACGCUCCCAAGAAACUCACGGACCCAUUGCAAAGCGGGCCAAGGUGCAGCAGGGAAUGUCUUUUGCUGUCAUUGCCAAGGAGUGAAUCCUAAUUGGGAUCCUUGACAAGGGAAACAAGGACGGCGGAAUGCAGAAGGAGCCCUCGCUGUUCACUGCCUGAAACUAUUGAGCAAGGCGCCUGGGCCACCACCGGUAUGUAGAGAUGCCGGGUGGUACCAGGGUAACACAAAGGUCAUUGCCUGCCAGGAUGCUCGCUCGGUAGAGCUUUACAAAGCUGCCGUAGCAGAGAUUGGCGAGGUCUACCCUGGGGCGAAGCCUCACGCAUCUGGAUCCCGGCCUCUUUAAAGGAACCGGACCAGAUGCUAAACCUAUUGCAACCCCUCUCUUCCCACCCAUGAUUGAAUGGUGGUGAAGAUUGAGGCCACCGAUGGUCCAACCAACCAGGCAGUGCUGAUCCUAAACAAGCAAUCGCUAGCACUCAUCGAAGCCGCCAAGGGCGAGCUCAAUUUCGGCUUUGGCUCCAUUACCGUUAAGGUAUAUAAGUCGGAUGCGCCGGCCGGAGGAGACCCUGUUGUCUGUAACAAGACGGCUGAACAGGGCCCUCCUGCGGAGAUCGGAGCAACGGAUGAGGAGCUGGAGCCCGGUUGCACGUCGGACACGUCGACUCUCACUCGGGGCCUUGAGGCCUUGUAUCACGAGUUAGACGAGGAUGACUUUACGCUGUCGAACGAGGACGACAGCAACAACACGGUGAUGUCUCCAGAUGUCCUUGAGACUACGGCAGAUAAACCGUCACCACAGUAAAGCAGAAUCCGUUGCUCUGAUGCUCCGCCUGGCUGGAGGCGGAGACGACAUAAUACUAUUCCAAGAACCUUGGGUGAUUGGAGGAAAGGUUUGCGGACUAGGUAAUAAAGAUUAUAAGCUUUUAGUAGCUGGAAAUGAAGCAAUGCCAACAACACAGCGGUAAGCCUGGAGCUCCAGUAAGGCUAUUGUCUGCCUAUAUGCCCGCCACCAGACGAGAUAACAAGAUCCCUCGUCCAGGAGUGCGAGAAGCACAGGAUCGGCCUAGUUAUAGGCUGCGACGCCAAUGCUCACCACACUCAGUGGGAGAGCACGGACACAAAUCCGAGGGCUAAAACCACUGAACUCGCGCAACCGCUUUCUAUUCGCUCUGUGUCCUUCUGCCUCGAAUAUGAAUUUGGAGAAAUGCGCAUAUGCUUGACUUCUGUGUAGAUCGCAAACUUUUUGCAAUUAAGUAAUUUAAAUUUGCCAUCUUUACUUCAGUUAACCUAUUUCAGUUAAUCACACUGUUGAAUAAUUUCGUAGUUUUCGAUUUA